AAUGAAAUCAAUUCUUCGUGAAUGAUGAAUGUUGUGAGAUCCUGUUGUUGUGGGGAAAUAUAUUUUCAAUGUUGUUCAAUUAUUAGAAAAUUGUGAACUUAUUAACCAUUUCUUCAAUCAAUAUGUACAGCAUAAGUCCGCGUCUACUAAAAGUUCCUCUUAAGUCAUGUACGCUGCGAAAAUUAACAUCAUAUUCAGCACCAUUAAAGUUAUUACCAGGAUCUUCGGUUUCGCUUAUGAGUUCUAGAAAUAACGGCAGUGCUAACACAAUUCAUGAUAGUGUUCAAAUUCUGCAAAGCAAUUCCUAUAAAUAUCUGUGGUAUGCUCUGGUAUUUGGUGCUGCAUCUUUGGCCUCAUAUGAAAUCUGGCUGAAGAAAGAAGUAUUUCCAUCCAUUACUGCUGCAGAAGAGAUUGCAGACUCUGAUUCUGAAAGUGAAGCUGACACAAAAAAGAAACGUUACCGAAAAGAAAAGAUAGGAUUUAGAGACAGGAAGAUUAUUGAAUAUGAAAAUCGUAUGCGAUCUUAUUCAACACCUGACAAAAUAUUCAGGUAUUUUGCUACAGUCAAGCUAACUUAUGGGGACAAUACAGAGAUAUAUAUGACACCUGAUGAUUUUUUACGGGCAAUCACACCAGGCAUGAAGCAGCCUGAUGGUUUGGGUCUUGACCAAUAUAGAAGAUAUGAUCCAAAGAGCAUCAGCCAACGACUAAAUUUGGACCUAGAUGAGGACUCUAUUUUCUACAAACUCGGCUCGUCUGGACUCAUCACUUUCAGCGAUUACAUCUUCCUUCUGACUGUGCUUUCGACUUCUCGGCGCCAUUUCGAGAUAGCUUUCCGGAUGUUUGACUUAAACGGAGAUGGCGACGUAGAUUGCGAAGAGUUUGAGAAGGUGGCCGCGCUGAUCCGGCAGCAGAGCAGCAUCGGCUCGCGACACAGGGACCAUGCUAACACUGGCAACACUUUCAAGGGUAUAAAUUCAGCUUUAACUACGUAUUUCUUCGGACCCAAGCUCAAUCAGAAACUAACGAUCGAAAAGUUUUUAGACUUUCAACAGCAACUGCAAAAGGAAAUUUUAUCCCUGGAGUUCCAAAGAAAGCAGCCAGACGAGAACGGACGCAUCACUGAAGCAGAUUUUGCCGAGCUUUUACUGGCGUACGCUGGCUACCCGGCUAAGAAGAAGGCCAGAAUGCUCAAGCGGGUUAAGAAAGCAUUCCGCGACCACGGAGUUGGCAUCACUAAAGACGAUUACCUAAAGUUUUUCCACCUCCUCAACAAUAUCAAUGACGUAGACACGGCCCUUACUUUCUACCACAUCGCCGGAGCCUCCAUCGACCAGCCCACGAUGCGACAUGUCGCGAGAACUGUGGCUCAUGUGGACCUCAAUCCACAUUUGAUCAACGUGGUCUUCACUAUUUUCGAUGAGAAUAUGGAUGGACAACUAAGCAACCGAGAAUUCGUGGCCGUGAUGAAAAACCGCCUUCUGCGAGGGCUCGAGAAACCCAAAGACACUGGCUUCGUCAAAUUAAUGCAUUCGCUCAUCAAGUGCGCGAGGGACACCAAGCCGGCCAUAUUGGAUUUCUAGAUGUAUUUUAUCUGAUUAGUAAAGUUUGGUGCAUGUGUGAUAUCCGCUUUCAAGGUUGACGGCUUGUUAAAAAGUAUAAAUAUGAUUUUGAACCUUGUCAUAGCAAAUCACAGACAAAAGUUUUGUUGGCAACAAGAUUUAAAGGAUAUUUUUUGUCUGUGAUGUAAAGGGUUCUACCUGUUGCCUCUGUAUCACUCUUGUUAAACCUAAUUGUUGAUAUUGUUAUCAAGAUAGCUUUAGGAGUUAUAGCCACCAAUUAAGUCAUGGCCGUUUGUAACUUCAAAGUGGGUUAUCAAAACUUGCGAGUACAUAAUGAACCUGUUAAGGUCAGAGUCAUGUUACAUGAGUGUGAAAACGAACGACACGAACUCUAAAACGAAUAUUAUCCCACUAAAACAAAAAGUUGUUUAUUCCCAAUAGAAAAGUGCAAUAUGAACAUACUUUUUGAACUGUGUUACCAAUCGACCUAUGAGUAAAGUAUUUUAUCUCCACAGUAAAGAGCCAGAAAAAUCUAGUCGGUAUAUAUAAAAGAAAAUAAUUUGUUUGAUCUUAUCGGCCAAGGUAUAGCCGAAAUUAAUGAACGGUUAAGUUCUGAUGGCAUACAAAACCACUCCCGAAAUUCUCCACAAUGUUUCAAAUGUAGUAAAAUGAGUUCUACAUUUUACAUUAUUUCUAUGAUGCAAACAGAAAUAUGACAGAAAAAAAAUAUAGAAAUUGAGUGGCGUUUCUAGACUUGGUACAAUGCGAAACUUAAAACUGAACAAAUCUUUGAGGCUGGCCUAAAAUUAAAUAAAUAAUAGAUAGUAAUUUAAAUUAGACCUCUUAAGAUUUUUUUAAUUUAUUAUGACUAACAUAAUUAACAAUCUUUGAAUUUUGUGGUCAGAUACUAAUAAAAGUCAUUAAUAAUUUUGACUCUCAUUUGUUGAUAGCUUUAUGAAACAUGUGUUAUAUUAAUAGUAUUAAUCUCAAUUACCUUUAUCUCUCUUACGCAAAAGACUUUAUAAAGUAUUUAAGUGAAAUCGUGAUAAAAAUAUAAUAAAUAUAGUUUUUAAAUAAUCAUCAUGCUACGAAUUUGCCUAAAUGAAUCAAUAUACUGUAUCUUAAAUUUUUCUCUUUCAAAAUAUUCUUUGUUAGCAAGCCUAUUUAUAAUUUUUGAACACCAUAAUUAUAAUAAGGUAGAUGAAAUGUUGAUUUUCUCAUUUUACAUAAUAAUUUAUAGUAGUUGUGUUCCAGUAAACUUUCUGAUGAAGAUUCUUCUGAGAUGCAUUUCAUCACUUACGAGUUCUCUCAAUUAAUUUGUAUGUAGAGCUUCGUUUAUUUUUUUCUAAAAUUGUAUACUAUAUAUUUGUUUUGUUUGAAAUGUAUGUAAUGUAAGUCAAAAAUAUAUUAAAUGAAACUUUAAUGUUACAAUUUUUGUUUUAUAAAUGUUCUCAAUAAUUUUAAGCUUUGUUUUGUAUAAGUUUUAAAUCGAAUUUAAAGAAAAAGAUUUGUGAACUGAAUUUAUACUUGUAUAUUUGCCGUUUGUUUAUAUCUCAUUAAAUAUUUAAAUUUUAA